AGUAGUUGGAGAGGAUGGUGAUGGUGAAUGGGGGUUAGAUGGGGAUUAUAUGGACCAUGGGUGAAUGGUGAUGACACAGAAUGGUGAGUGGAUAGAAGACAGAAAAUAGAUAAUGGCUAAAGAAUGGAUAGAUGGCAGAUGAUGGGUGGUGAAUAUGUGUAAGAGUGAAUGAAAAGAAAGAUGGUAGCUGAACUAAAGCUAGGUAGGAGAUGGAUGGUAGAUGUGCCUACAUCUCUCCUUUCCUGCUUUCAGGCUCUCAAGCAGCUGAAGGAAAGCUUGCACAGCAACUGCUCCAUGACCUCUUUACAAACUACACUAGUGCCCUUCGGCCUGUGGAAGACACAGAUCAAGCCCUAAAUGUGACACUAGAUGUGACUCUGUCCCAAAUCAUAGACAUGGAUGAACGAAAUCAGGUACUGACCUUAUACCUGUGGAUUCGCCAGGAGUGGGCUGAUGCCUAUCUGCGCUGGGAGCCUGAGGUCUAUGGGGGUCUUGACUCCAUAAGAAUCCCCAGCAGCCUGGUCUGGAGACCUGAUAUAGUGCUCUAUAACAAGGCAGACACGCAGCCGCCGGCCUCGGCCAGCACCAACGUGGUCCUUCGCCACGACGGGCGCGUGCGCUGGGACGCCCCCGCCAUCACCCGCAGCUCGUGCCGCGUGGACGUGGCGGCCUUUCCCUUCGACUCGCAGAGCUGCCGCCUGACCUUCGGCUCGUGGACCCACGGCGGCCACCAGCUGGAGCUGUGGCCCGGCGCGCCGGGCGCCAGGCUGGACGACUUCGUGGAGAACGUGGAGUGGCGCGUGCUGGGCAUGCCGGCGCGGCGCAGCGUGGUCACUUACGGCUGCUGCUCCGAGCCCUACCCGGACGUGACCUACACCUUGCUGCUGCAGCGCCGCGCCGCGGCCUACGUGGCCAACCUGCUGCUGCCCUGCGUGCUCAUCUCGCUGCUGGCCCCGCUCGCCUUCCACCUGCCGGCCGACUCCGGGGAGAAGGUGUCGCUGGGCGUCACCGUCCUUCUGGCGCUCACCGUCUUUCAGCUGCUCCUGGCCGAGAACAUGCCCCCGGCGGAGAGCGUGCCGCUCAUCGGGAAGUACUACAUGACCACCAUGGCGCUGGUGACAGCAUCCACGGCGCUGACCAUCCUCAUCAUGAACCUGCACUACAGCGGCCCCGGAGUCCGCCCGGUGCCGGCCUGGGCCCGGACGCUCCUGUUGGGCUACUUGGCCAGAGCGCUGUGCGUCCGGGAGCGCGGAGAGCCCUGUCGGGGCUCCCAGCACCCCCCGCUUCUUCCUCGCCCCUCCCUCCGUCCCGGACCUCACCUGGGACCCGCUCCGGGAGCUGGGCCGUGUGCGGAGCCGCGCUGCCCCUGCCGCCAGGAGGCGCUGCUCCGCCACGUGGGGGCCAUCGCGGGGGCUUGUCGCAGCCACCGCGCCGGCCAGCGGCUCCGAGGGGACUGGAAGCGCGUGGCUCGCGUGGCGGACCGAUUCUUCCUGGCGGUCUUUUUCGCCAUGGUCCUCGCCAUGAGCUUGCUGGUCCUGGGCCGCGCCAUCUGAGGACUGGCCGUGCCGGGGCAGUGUGGGACCCAGAAGGAGCACGGCCCGGGGCAAGAGCUGGGACCUGGAAAAACCGGGGCUUAG